UUUACAGGGAACAGGGCCUCCUCCAGCGUAUUUACGCUUUAAGCGCCGUUCCAGGUCACCGUCGCUGCACCAGUUGCUUUUUCUGCACCGUUCUGUCCUGGUGAUUGUUUACAGGUUAUGACGACUAAUCUUAAACCAAACAAGGCAUUAAAGGUAAAGAAGGAGGCGGGAGAGAACGCCCCAGUACUAAGCGACGAUGAACUCGUGUCAAUGUCUGUACGGGAGCUGAACCAGCACCUACGUGGUCUCACAAAAGAGGAUAUCAUCCGCCUGAAGCAGCGUAGGCGCACCCUAAAAAACCGUGGUUACGCCGCCAGCUGCCGAGUAAAGCGUGUCACCCAGAAAGAGGAAUUGGAGAAGCAGCGAGUCGAGUUGCAGCAAGAAGUGGAUAAGCUAGCGCGGGAGAACUCCAGUAUGAAGCUUGAGUUGGAUGCUCUACGUUCUAAGUACGAAGCCCUCCAGACCUUCGCCCGCACAGUCGCCAGGGGACCUAUUACCCCAACUAAGGUUGCCACCACCAGUGUCAUCACCAUUGUGAAGUCUGCUGCCAUAUCAUCAGCAUCCAUACCAUUUUCUGCAGCAUCCUAGUAUCUACAGAAGGAGAGAACUUAGCUGCCUGUUCUAAAAGGGACUUAAUGGGAUUCACUUACAUUGUUUCUCGGUUUCUUCCCUGCCUAUCCACACGCUAGGCGUUGCCUUUUAUUCCAUUGCCCAUCCCAACAUGAGGAUCACAGCACUAAGGCCUUGAUGUUAUUGUGCCAGG